AUGAUCCAGGAGCCAGACGUAACCAGAAGUGUGCUGGAAGCAUUUUACGUUGAUAACUGCUUGGAUGGCAAACCAACUGCCGGAGAAGCGAAGGAGUUGGUGGAGAAGUUGGUCCCAUCAUUAGGCUUGGGCGGGUUCCCUAUUGUCAAGUGGGCCAGCAAUGUCCCCUCUGUAGUGAGUGAUCUCCCUCUAGAAGCUCGCUUCAACAAUGCAGAGUGCUGGAUCAACCUGAGUGGCAAUUCCCCAGAAGAAGCAGCCCUGGGGCCGAGGUGGAACUUUAGGGAUGAUGCUUUGACGUACCAGCUCUCUCUAAACGACUGGCCAACUCCGACCAGACGAACUGUACUUAGUAAUGUCAUGCAUUGUGCUGGCAAAGACCCACUUGGAUACCUUAUGCCCUAUGUAGUCAGAGGCAAGAUGUUGCUGCAGGAGCUAUGUAGUUAUUGUGUAGUGGAUUUAUCCAGUAUUCACCUCCCUAGGUGCUACAUCCCAGCUCACAUAUGGAACCGAUUGUCUCAUUCCUUCUUUGGGAUAGCCGAUAGAGGGGGCUAUUUAUUUGCAUAUGGUGCGGUGGCUUAUUUAAGAGCUACAGUUCCGUCGUCCGAUGUCAGUGUGAGGUUUGUGCUGUCCCGCUCACGUCUUGCUCCAAAGCGUGUCCAGACCAUACCUCGCCUGGAACUCCUAGCAGCUGUUUGUGGAGCCGAGUUGGUGGAGCUGCUGGAAGACGAAAUAAAGAUGAAGAUGCCAAUCACUUGUUGGAGUGAUAGUACAACAGUGUUGUCGUGGAUCAAGUCAGAGUCCUGCCGUUACAACCUAUACAUUGGAGCACGAAUUGCUGAAAUUCAGAGACUUACUGACCACACAGUGUGGCGGUACGUAGAUUCAGCAAACAAUUCAGCUGACGACCUCACCAUAGGGUUGAAGCUGAGUCAGUUGGGUGAAAGCAGUCGUUGGCAUUCUCCGCCAUUCUUGCUCCUCCCAAAGGAGCAGUGGCCAGUGCUUCCGACACAUGUUAAAGAUGAGGAAGCCGAUGCUGAACUCAAACACAAGGGAUUCACUGCACAAACCGUCGCCUCAGCCAAGCCUGGUCCAGCCGUCGACCUCACCCAAUAUGCCUCCUGGGACGACUUAGUUGAGGGUUAUUGUGCUGCUGUUUGUGAGUUCAAGGGAGAGCUGAAGCCUGACUUUCUGACAGCGGAUCAGCGUUUGAAAACUGAGGGUCUACUGUACCAACGAGUACAAACUGACUGCUUUCCCGAAGAAGUUGCUGCUCUUCAGGCCGACAAAAACGUGUCCCCGAAGAGCCGUCUUUCCAGCCUUUCCCCCGAGCUCAAUCCGAGUGUAAUCUCAUCCGAGUUGGAGGAAGGCUUCGUCGGGCGCAAUCACUGA